AUGGCGUGUGGGGCCACCCUGAAGAGGAGCCUGGACUUCGACCCUCUGAUGAACCAGGCCUCCCCCAAGAGACGGCGCUGUGCCCCCAUAGUGUCUCCGGUGUCUUCGCCACAGAAAUACCUGCGUCUGGAGCCCUCGCCGUUCGGAGAGGUGUCGGCCCGGCUCACCACAGAGCAAAUCCUCCAGAACAUCAAGCAGGAAUACAAGCGGCUGCAGAAGAGACGGCACCUGGACACUGGCCUCCAGCAGCAGAGCGAGGCCUGCUGCUCCGUGGACAUGCACAACAUCCACAGUGGAGCCGCUCUGCCAGGGAUGUCGUCUGGAGCGUCGUCUCCCACCAGGAGGGAGCAGCCUCUGUUCUCGCUCAGACAGGUCGGCAUGAUCUGUGAAAGACUACUGAAGGAGCGCGAGGAGAAGAUCCGCGAGGAGUACGACGAGAUCCUCACGUCCAAACUCGCAGAACAAUACGAUGCCUUUGUGAAGUUCACACACGAUCAGCUGAUGCGGCGGUUCGGAGAGCAGCCGGCCAGCUACGUGUCCUGA